ACAGUUCAUUUGAGUUUGUUCAUGUUUCAUCUUUGGUUCUGCCGGUUAUAUCUUCGUGUAUUCUGAAAGUGAUAUUGUUGGAGUAAGAAGUUUCUCCCAGUAAAUGAUGGGGAGUGGAUCUCAAAUUGUCCAUGAAGCAGGGACAUCUAUACCCCCGCCUAAAUCAGUAAUUCAGUCGGUGCAGGCAGAAAAAGACUGUGCUGUUAACAAUGAACCUAAUGAUUUGGGAAAUAAACAGUUGGAUCCAUGCCCUUUGGAUCCUCAUAUUUCUACUUAUUCUGCAGGUCUUUCAAAGUCAAUUGGAAAACCCAGAAUGCCCAGUACAUUAGAUGAUUUUGAUGUCAUCGGAACCAUUGGAUCAGGGUCAUAUGGAACAUGCAAGAAAAUCAGGAGGAAAAGAGAUGGAAAGAUCCUGGUAUGGAAAGAGAUGGAGUAUGGCACCAUGACAGAAUCCGAAAAACAGAUGUUGGUGUCCGAGGUCAACUUACUCCGUGAACUGAAACACCAACACAUAGUGCGCUACUACGACCGAAUCAUAGACCGCAGUAACACCACCAUUUACAUCAUCAUGGAGUACUGUGAUGGAGGAGAUUUAUCAGUCCUUAUUUCAAGUUGUAGAAGAGAUGGAACUUACCUGGAUGAAGGUUUUGUGUGGAAAAUGUUGAUACAAAUGACAUCAGCUCUGAAAGAGUGCCAUCGCAGAAAGAACGGUAAAGCUGUGUUACACAGAGACCUAAAACCAGCCAACAUAUUUCUGGACUCGGACAAUAAUGUGAAACUUGGUGACUUUGGACUGGCUCGUGUUCUUCAUCAUGAAACUAGCUUUGCAAAAACCUUUGUAGGAACCCCCUAUUACAUGUCACCUGAAUUGGUCAACAACAUGUCCUAUAAUGAGAAAUCUGACAUUUGGUCCAUGGGUUGUAUGCUGUACGAGAUGUGUGCCUUACAUCCCCCAUUUACAGCCAGUAACCAGCAGGACCUGAACAAGAAGAUCUGUGUGGGGGACUACAAGAGGAUACCAAGCCGAUACUCAGAGGAUCUCAACACUAUUAUCUCCAAACUUCUCUGUGUAGAGGUCAAUAAGAGACCCAGCAUUGAGGCUGUACUAGCAGAUCCGAUAGUACUACGAAGGAGUCGUAAACUGGACAGAGUUGAUCGACGGAGCUCGGCAGGAAGUGCUGGGGCAGACUCGCUAUAUACAUGGGAGGAAGAGCUGAAGAUUAAAGAGAAGAAACUGGAAAUGAAAGAAAAAGAAUUAAAAAGUCAAGAGCGAGAACUCGCCAUCAGGGAGAAAAUGAUUGAAGAUAAAUUGAAACGAAUUGAGUUACUAAGUAAAGAAUUCAGAAGAAAAAGUGACCUGUCUCGUGAAGUGUCCUCAUCGGGGGAUGGAGAUGACAUGGACUUGUUUGAUGGUUUGCAUCCAUGUUUGUCAAGAGGCAGGCGUGAUCCAGAUUCUCCCAAGAAAAAAGUCUCGUUUGACAUGUAUGGCAAGGAAAAUCUCCGUCGACACAACAGAUACAAAGAUUACACCGUCGACCAUCUCCUUACCAAAGAUUAUACCUCAAAGUAUUCCUCUGAUCUCAAAGACUAUGAUAAUUUGUAUGAAGUAGAACUUGCCAAGAGACGAGAACUAAAGGAUAGACUUUUUAGGGCCAAAUCCAAAGUUGAUGAUCUACAUGAUUUGAAAAUUGAUUCUCACAUACGAAAUCGAAAUUUAUUGUAUUUUAGGUAAUAUUCAAAUUUUUGCUAGCAAUUUUUACAGAAAUUUUUCCGUGCACUUUUUCCCUUUAUACUUCGUAGUAAUUUAUUGUUUAUGAGGAAGUGAUAGGUAUGACUAUCAAGCAGACUAGUUUUGAGUUUUUGGUAGUAAUUUGCUAAAAUUUUGAUAUUUUAAAAUUUUUUAUUUAUUGUACAUGUAUUCAUAAUUUGAACCAUUAAGUAAUUAGCAUGAGAUCAUGGAUCUCAUCAAAUGGAUUUCUCCAAAAAUGAAUUUCAAUUUGAUACUUUAUUUAUAGCAAUUCCGCCCAUUUCUUUGUGGCUCAUUUACCAUUUUGAAGAAUUACAUUCCUUCACAUUAUAAUAUCCAUUGUUUUUUCUUAUACAAAUACUUUUUUUUUAAAGUUUUUAAAAUAUUUUAGGGCAGAGCACUUUUAAAUAUUUAGGGCAGAGCACAGCCACAUUACAUCAGAUUUUUUUAAUCACAAAAAUUAAACUCCUAUCCCUUUUUGUGAUUAGAAAAAAAAGACAUUAAAUCCCUUUUGGUGAAGCAGGUAUUGUGCAAAUCUCAUGCACUUGUUUAAUGUGAUGACUUUAUAUGAAAAGUGAAAUUCAUAUGUAUUUUUUUUAUUCAUUUCUGAUGUUUAAACAGACAUCUACCAGGUACGGUUGACACAACAUAAUUUACCAGUAUUUUUAAUUGAAUGAAAUGUACUCUUAAACAAUUUACAUUAAAAAAAAAACAGUAGCUAUAAUUGAGCUCUGUGAUAUAAUUUUAUUUUUAUACUUUUUAAUUUGUUGUUUUGUUAUGUAUAAUAAAAUCAUAAGAAUUUUA